AUGUCUACAGCAGCGCACGGCCCGGCUGCCGCCCAAGUCCUGCGCGACAUAGAGGAGGCCCACACAGCCGCUUGCAACGCCGGCGUCGCGCAUUACGCCGACCCCGCCACGGGGUACAAGGUGUUCACCCAGGCAUCUCACGAAAAGCGGGGUUUCUGUUGCGGCAACGCCUGCAGGCACUGCCCGUUUGGACACUUGGAGGUUAACCCCGAGUGGCGGCUUGCUGGCAGCGUUCCCAAGACGGUGAUGCUCGCCCAGCACCGCAAGCAGAGAAAGUCGAAGCUGACAGUCGGAGAGGGCUGGAAGGCGUUCACGGACGACGGGGGCGGGGAGCGGACGGUGCUGUUUUGGUCGGGCGGAAAGGACUCCUUCCUCACGCUGCGGGCCCUGCAGAAGAGGAAGAGGGAGGAGCGGGGGAGCGAACGAAUAACGCUGCUGACGACUUUCGAUGGCAAGACAGGAAAGAUUCCUUUUCAGGACACAAAGAUCACCGACGUGCUGGAGCAAGCGCGGCACGAGGGCGUGGACCUCCUAGCGGUCCCCCUCGGAGGAGGUUCAGGGCCCUUCCCGGAUGCCUAUUCCGUGACGCUCAAGGCCGCGCUAAAACCUCUCCGCGUCAAGGCGCUCGCGUUCGGAGACCUCCACCUUCAGGAGCUCAAGUCCUGGCGACAAGACGUCUUCUCCGGUGCUUAUCCUUGCGAGUUCCCGCUGUUCGAGGUACCGUACGAGGAGCUCCUCUCCAGGCUGUGGGAGGAGAUAGCGGCCGGAGUUACCCUUAAGGUGUCCUCCGUGAGCACCGACCACAAGGGCUUGGAAGGGAUCAGCGUGGGCGACGUCUACUGCGAGGCAUUUGUGAAACGGCUGCCCGAUAUCGUGGACGCCAUGGGCGAGAACGGCGAGUUUCACACGCAUGUUUACCACAAUCGGGGAAAAGGGGACGGCGGGACCUGGAAAACGGAGGAGGAAGAAGAAGAAGAAGAAGAAGAAGAAGAAGAGGAGUCUUCUAGCGAAUCGUAG